UUCCAUUCAAUCAUUCUUAUAGUUCUCUAGAAUUUUCAUGGUAUCAGGGCCACUUGGCUUAUAGACGACAAGUUCUUGCCUAAAUAUUCAUUGUUGACAGCAAGUUUUUACUGCACCUCUUAUUUAACAAAUGGCAGAUGGGGACCAAAACCAAGAAGUUAGACCUGGGAAGAUAGGGGGAGCAAGGACAACCUUCAAAACAACAGAUUCACACUCGCCUUACUACCUUCACCCAAGUGAUGAUCCUAGAAGGAUUCUUGUGACAUCUCUUAUGAACGGAGAUAACUAUCACACUUGGAGGAGAGCAAUGCAAAAUGCCCUUUAUGACAAAAACAAUGCGAGAUUCGUAGAUGGAACUGUCAUGAAGCCUGCAGCAACUUCACUUGAUGUGGCCUAUGCUGAGACUGCAAGAGAAAUCCUAAGUGAUCUACAGGAACGAUUUACUCGAGGGAAUGCAUCUCGUGCACAUGAACUAAAACUUGAGUUAGCAACACUCACAAAGCAGACAAGGUCAGUGGUUGCCUAUUUUACUAAACUGAAACCUCUAUGGGAUAAGUUAAAGGCAUAUGAACCAAUAUCAGUUUGUACAUGUGGAGCAACAAGGGAGUAUACAAAGGCUCAAGAGACGGAGAAAGUUCACCAAUUUCUAAUGGAACUGAAUGAAAACUUUUCCGUUACUCUUUCUCAGAUAUUAAGCAUGGAGCCAUUACCUUCCCUAAACAAGGUUUAUGCAAUGGUGACUAAAGAGGAAAAACAGCAAGCAGUGGUGGCAUCUAGAAGUUCGACUGUAGAGGCCACAACUUUUGCAGCCAAGACAAACACUUCUGCAUGAGCCACAACACUAGGGAAAGCAUGAUGUGACCAUUGUAAAAAGAUGGGACAUACCAAAGACAGGUGCUACGAGAUCAUUGGGCACCCUACAAGUUGGAAGCCUGGGACAACCCAAACCAAGUCAAGAGGUGACACACGAAAACAUCAAAGCAAAGAAAAGGACUUAGUUUUU